UGACGACGGUCAUUCCAACAAUCGCCAAUGUGCACCAAGGGCACCGUCGACGCGACCGCUGCAGCCCCGCAAGAACCUAUGGAAGAGCCGACGGUCCAGCCAACGCCAUUCCUUCAAGCAUGUCAAGACGGCGACCUCGACCUCGUCAAGGACCUCGUGAACCCAACUGAACUCGACCGAGGCCUCCAUGUUGCGUGUGACUUGGAUGUCGUGGAGUUCUUGCUCUCGUGUCCUGGUGUGGACAUCACGUUUGAAGGCGAGGAUGGUCUAACUGCGUUCAUCUUUGCAUGCGCAUGUGGCAACAUCGACGUCGUAAAUCGUCUGCUUCUCGAGGUCACCCUCGACAUCAAUUACCAGAACCAGAAUGAUGUGACGGCGUUAAUGGUGGCGUGCACGAUGGGGCACCUGAACGUCGUCCAGCUUUUGUACGAGCAGCCCGAGCUCGACACAACGCUUGUUAACGCGCAUGGUAUCAGUCCAUUUGCAAUGGCAUGCCGGGAAGGACAUCUUCCCGUCGCGGCCUUCUUGCUCCAGCACCACUCGGGCAGCGCCGGGCCCCAGGCCGAGUUCGUCGAAGACGGCUUCGUUGCCGCGUGCAAGAGUGGUCACGUUGACAUUGCGACCAUGCUCGUCAACUUGAACGUGCUGUUGCUAGACCAACUCAACCAAGGGUUCUACGAAUCGUGCUUGGAUGGCCAUGCCAACGUUGUCGAGUACUUGCUAUCGGAGGAGCUGGUCGACGUAAACUACACCAACACGCACAUCGACGAAGACUCGCAGAACUUGUUUCCUGAUGGGAUGGGCGCAUUCACCGGCGCGUGCGCCGAGAACUAUGCCGACAUCGUCGCGUUGCUGCUCCAACACCCCGACUUUGAUGGAACCCAGUUGAGCUCGGGUCUGUGCAUGGCGCAAGACAUGCACAUUGUCGAGAUGAUUCUUCGCCAUCCCAAGGUCAACGUCAACGCCGUUGGUGUGGCUGGGAUCACUCCGCUGGCGUACGCAUGCACGGAUGGGUCGACAGCAAAAGUAGUUCGAUUCCUGCAAAUCCCCGACCUCGACGUCAACUUCGUGCUUGAGGAUGGUGUGAAUGCGCUCAUGAUGGCGUGCUCGAACGGGUUUACAGACAUCGUCGAGCUAUUUGUGCACGAUCCACGAACGGAUUUGGGACUCCAAAGCCCCGACAAUGCGACGGCAUUUGGCUUGGCGUGCCUGCACGGCCAGCUCGACGUUUUGAAGCUGCUCCUGGCGCAGCCAUCCACGGACGUGGAUAUGGUCGCUGAUGGGCUGCUUUUGGCCCUUAGCACAAGUGACUACAACAAAACAGUCGACUUCCUUCUGCACCAGUCUGCAGUCGACCUCAAUAGCCUCAUGUCGAAUGGCCACACCAUCUUCCUCGAGCUGUGUGGCCUCGACGAACUCGAUCUGGUCGACAUUUUAUUGACGUUUCAGCCAGCCAUCGACGUUCUCCGCCCGACCAAGCUUGGAAUCACACCAUUCAUGCACGCGUGCUCCAAGAAUGCCAUUCGCGUCGUCGAGCGCCUUCUCUGCGAGCCGUCCACGGACAUCAACGCUGUCAAUUCGCGAGGCUCGACCGCGCUCAUUCUUGCCAGCUCGAACGGGUGCACCGACGUCGUGUCGCUACUGUUGCAGCAACCAUCGUUGAAUGUGAAUUACAAGAAUCCGCAUGGCGACACGGCUCUCACUGGCGCAUGCGCCAAGCAUCAAGUGGAUGUGGUCGCUGCCUUGAUGAAGCACCCCAACAUCGACAUGACGGUCCCCAACCACAAAAAUCAAACGCCCGCCAUGUUGGCCCAAGACUGCCCGGAUAUUCUCGCCCUCCUUGGCGUCCAAGCAACAGGGUAGCACAGUCGAUUUCCAUUGCUGCGCGGUGGUCCGACGGGUCUGCGGUUUCGACGCUGGAGUUGAUACCACAGGCUUAUGCACAUAUCUCGUUUCGACGAUUUCCGAUAUUUGUGAUGCUGGCGAAGCAUGUCAUGCAUGGCGAAACGUUGCACACGGACGACGUUGUCAAGGCUUGGUGGGGUGCGAUGCUGGCGGACUGGUGGGCUUUUGCCGUUUCUAGAGUUCCGUCAACCACAGCAUCCCCCCAUUGUGACUUACCUGGGGUGGCUCCCUGCACUUGGGUGCGACAUGCUGUCGUAGAAUGGCCUGAACCGUGACGUGCUUGCCUGCUUGGGCUGCUGCCAUCGCCGUGGUCCCCUUUCAAGCACAUCGUCAGUGGACGUCAAUCUUGGGGUGGCCCAACAAGAGCUUCACGACUUCAAAAUGACCAAACGAACACGCUUGGACGAGGGGCACGUACGGCGUCUAGAGCCCAUGAGCACAACGUCAACGGAUCGAAUGUAUACCCCCUGGACAACAUUCAACUCUAUCGAGGGGUGCUCGAGUAGGACAGCGACGACUCGAUCGUGGCCAUGGCCGCAUGCGACGAUGAG